AUAUAAUAAUAAAGUCAGUCAUUAGGAAAUCUUCGAGUGAUAAGUGCGCAUUAUGAAAUUUUAAGAAAGUAUAUUUUAAUUUGGCAAACGUCUGUGUCGAGUUAUUACUGUAAUUAAAUACUUUAAAGCAUAAAGUGAAUGAGAAAAAAGAUGCGACUAAUUGUGUUAUUUAUCUGCUUAAGUACAAAAUAUGCACUUUCCAGCCCAGUGAUUACACGACAAGACCUUUUCAAACAAGCACAUAGACAUGUGUUCUGCGCAAAUUUAAUAAACUUCAAUGACUUUUAUUACUCAAUGGAUGAACCGAAGAACAUAACUGGAAUACCAGCUGAUAUGACCGUCCAUUGGAAGACUGGUAAAGUAUUCUACACGCUAAUAAGCGACGAAAUGAAAAUGAGCCUGCAAGUCUUACAUCCCAGCGGCGAUACCGAGACAAUAAAAGUAGCUGGUUUAGGUCAAUCAACGACCGUCGAUAACCUUAACGAUAUUGUAUAUCUUGCUACUGAUAAUGGUAUUUAUAAAUACAAAGAUGAUGGCUCAAUCGAACUGUACACGGCUUUGGGGGAAGACGUUAUGUAUAUAACAGUAUCGAAUGAUGGUAAUACUAUGUACAUAGCCACAUGGCCUCAGAAUCGUGUACAUAAAAUAACAAAUGAUGGACAAAAGCAAGAAACAUUCCCACCAAUACCAAACGGUCACGGCUUAACGAUAGAUACAAGAAAUAAUAUAUUUUUCUCAGCAACUAAGACUUCUUAUAUUUUAAAAGCAGAUCAAAGCGUGCCUAUUAAAAUAAAAGGUUUGCCAAGUGAACGAAUGACCGGUGUCUUCGUUAGUCGUUCAGAUGAAAUAUUUGCUAUGGAUGAAAACAGUAACCUUUACAGUAUUGAUGCUGAAAACGCAAGCGCGAAACAUUUGGGUAAUUUCAACGUGUCCGGUGUUAACACGUUUGCUCUCGAUUCUGCUGAUAAUGUACUCAUCGGUGUGAAAAAUGGAAUUUUGAAGUUUUUAGCUUAUGAGAAAAAUCCUUGCAGUGAUUAUGAAAAGUUUAAUAAAAUUGGAAAACGACACAGUAGAAGGCGUAAACAUAGACGUACAACGACUACUACUGAAGAAAAUGAAGAAUACGACGAAUGAAAUGUUGAAAUACUUUCAAUUUAAUGCAACAUAAAAAUAAAAUCUGAGAAUUAAAAAAAUAUUUUUGAU